CCGUGCCCACUACAUGCGUCCGUUGCGUGAUCCCCAUUGACUUUAAUGGGGACGGACGCGCAAUGCAUUGUGGAUCCGUACGUUCCGUUGGAGCCUUCGGCUCAGUCAAGAAGUUGAAAUAUGUUCAACUUUUUCAGCAGCGACGGAUCCGUCAUCCAAUCAGAUCGCGUCUGCAAAUUUAAGCACUGUGACGCGACUCGGGCUCUGACGAUACUGGAAAGCGGGAAAGCGGGUCAUCUUGCAUCGCAACAAGCAGGAAGUAGCGGGAAGAACCCAGCGAAGCGAUUUGAUUGGCUGAUGGAUGCUGUCAUGCCAAAUUUGUACCGGCUGCCAAAUUUGUACCGGGCGCGUCAUCCAUACGUAAUCCAUUCCAAACCUGCAUGGCAGCAGAUGGUCGCGUCGUCCGUUGCCGGGCAGGUUUCAAAAAACAUUCGCGCUCAUGUUGCCAAAGAGGAAAUAACAUAAUACAGUAAACGGAUCGCUAGAUAAUGUAAUGUUUUGUUGGGUUCCUUAAUAAACACACGAUGUAUCUUGGAACAGACAUCAACAUGCAGCGCGCCAAUCCAACUGCGCAUGCUCCGUGUAACGGUCUAAUAACUGAUGUUGAUAUCAUUACAGAUUACACUUUUUUUUACUUUAUAUUUGUAUUGUAUUUAAUUGUUUAAUCAAAUUUAGCAAGUAAACUGAGUGUUUAAAGCAGGUCAUGGACGAAAUAGCACAAUACAGAUAACGGAUCGCUAGAUAGAAGGUUUGCGAAUGUUCACGUCAUUCGACGCGAUCGUCCGUUGCCAGGCAACGGACGAAGCGAUCAUCUGUUGCCAGGCAGAUUUGGAGUGGAUUACGUAUGGAUGACGCGCCCGGUACAAAUUUGGCAUGACAAUGCCUCUGCAAAGACUACUCCCCCAUCAGUCAGCCACGCCUUCCCACAUCAGUCGACGGACGCAUGUAGUGGGCACGGGGCGUAACAAGCGCGACAGUGAGAUUGGAGUUCAGAGAUUCAUAGGCAGACCCGCAGACAGUGUUGGGAAAUUUCACUUUCUACGUGAACUAGUUCAAAGUUCAGUUCACGCAUAUUUAAAUGAACUACUUCAGUUAAACGUUCAUAAUUCAACAUUUUUAACUAAGUUCACAGUUCCAAAAAAUUAACUGGUUCAUAGUUAUUUUUUUCAAUAUGUUGCUGUGAGCUAUUCGUUUUUUCCGGUAUUUUGAACGUUGAGCCCGCUUUGUUGUUUGUCUAGGAUGAAAUAGCCUCAAUGCACGUCACAAUUCCGGGUUUGGCUAUACCGGCAAACCAACUUCCGGUGAGGUGGACGGCACUUGGCGACAAACGACAGACACAAUACAACAAACAUGGCUCUCUUCUAUACUCGGUGUCUUCAAGACCUACCUCGUCUGAAUAUUAACGAUGUGGACAGACUAGUGAAGAAGUCUUGCACCACUCCCUCCAGUAAACGGGAAAAGGGAUUUAAGAUGUAUAUCGCCAGCUACAUCGAUAAUUACGAGGUGUCAUUGAGAGACAAGGUGACAGGAGAGAUCAGCGUGAGGGCAGUCUGUCAUAGAUCAAUGAGGAAAAGUGAAAAGCCACACGACUUAAGAGUAGGGUCAUUGUUAGGGCAAUGGUUAGGUUUGACAAACUGAUAGAGUUACCUGUCAGCUAAAUUGAAGCACACAUAUCAUAUCUGCUAUCUUAAAUUAAGCCCCUUUACCCCUCCCUACAUACACAGCUUGUUGCCUUAUCUCAACAUGCAUACAGCACACUGCCCCCAUAACCACCACUUCCAUCACUCCCCUGUAAUCAUCCCUGGAUGCUCCUUGUUGGGUUAGGAUGGUGUUAAAACACUCAAAACCAGUUGUUUUGGUGAGCAGCUAUUGUUCCUGUGUGGCGGGCUGUGCCUUAUGCAAUCAUUUGGUUGCACUCCUGUAUCAGACUGCCCACUAUUCACAGCUAAGCAUUCCUGCUGUUCCCCCCGUGCACAGCUGCACAGACACAGAGCAGAUCUGGCACAAACCGAGGACACUGGGUGUGAGGCCAGGCCCAGUUGGAGAAAUGGAGUUUCGAAAACCCAAAAAUUCAACUGCAGACUGUGUAAGAAGUUCUCUCUACAAGGCGGUGGAUGGGGAACUGCACAAAGAUUUCCCUCCUUCACUUGCACCCUUGGUGACAACAAUGGGCAUGUCCGCUGAUGUCCCAUUAGUCCAGUCUGCAUUUGGAGCUGUCCAGGCAGGGAGCGUACUGUCAUUUCAGCAAAAACCUCCAGCAAUAAGGGAAGACUUCAACAUCCCAUCUGCUCCUGUUUAUCCCUCCCUUCCCAUCCACAGCCACAGGCUUCAACCUCCAUCCUGUGCCUAUGUUCUGUCAGAGCAAGAAAGUCUGCACCUGAAGUCUCUGGAUGUGUCAUUCAGCAUGGCCCACAGGAUAGAAGCUGGAACACAAAUGCAGAGUUUGUGCCAGCAUUGGCAUCACUUGAGAAGAAUGCGUGUGACAUCUACACGUUUCUAUGAGGUAUGCCAUGUUAGUGGACAUACAUCUGCAGAAAAUCUGGCUGAGAGAAUUCUCCGGGGAACUGGGCAGACCAGGGAUAUGAGGAGAGGAAUUGAUAUGGAGCCACGUGCUGUUAAAGAGUAUUGCACGCUGAAAAAUGUCAACUAUUCACCCUGUGGGUUCAUUGUGCAUCCUGAUGCUCCAUGGCUAGGAAGUUCUCCUGAUGGAGUCAUCUUUGAUCCCUCUGGGAACCCACCAUUUGGUCUCCUUGAGGUCAAAUGCCCCAAUAUCCAGAGCUAUGUAGACUGUCCCUAUCUAAAAAUGUCAGGUGGUGCUUUGAAACUCAGGAGGCAGCACAAGUACUACUGGCAAGUUCAAGGUCAGAUGCUACUGACAGGGCUAGAGUGGUGUGAUUUUGUUGUUUAUGCUCAGGAGGACAUGUUUGUCAAGCGUAUUUAUAAAGACCUUGAUGUAAUGCACACCAUUAGAGACGGAGCAGAUCAUUUUUUCUUUUACCACUACUUACAGAAGUGUUUACAGUAAAUCAGUCCAAUGCCUUUGUAUAGUAUCUAUCAAUAAGUGUAAUCAGUUGCAAUCAGUUCAUUAAUCAGUUUCAAUCGGUUCAGUGAGUUCAGAUGUUAUUGUUCAUUUUUGCAAAUAUAUUUUUUAGAUUAGAUUAGAUUCAACUUUAUUGUCAUUGCACAGAGUACAAGUACUGAGACAACGAAAUGCAGUUUAGUAUCUAACCAGAAGUGCAAAGAAGCAGAAUAUCUGAACCUAUCAAGAAGACUAUACAGUAUAAGAACUGUUCUGUUUACAUUUGCCGUCUAUACAAUAUCUAAGCUGAUGUACUGUUCAUGUUCGCAAGUCUAUACCAAAUGGAAAUUGUUACUUAGUAUAAAGUACACAUGCUGCUGCUGCUGUUGUUUUACUGUUACACUGUAUGCAGCUCAAGUUACUGUUGAUGGGCUCUUAAAAUAACUUGAUAUGUAUGUAUGUAUUUAUUUGUUUAUUAAACUGUGAUGGAAUGUUGUAUGUAUAUUAUAAUAAAUGUGAUGCAUAACUUAUGACUUCAAUAUUCAAAUAAAUAGAAAUGCCACUUGAAGUACUCUGAAACUGAAGUUUUAUUCUAUUCUUCAGCCAAAGACAAGGCUCUGUUGCAAUUGCAGGAUUAGCUAUGGCUGGUCCAACAAGAAAAGGAGGUCAAAGGUUGGAUUUUUUUUUUUUUUUUUAACAAUGGGAACCAACUGGUCAAGAAGAAUGUAAGUAAAAAGGCAAGCAAAAAACAUCAGGCCAUCAUAGUAAGUACAAUUACACAGACUGCAGAAUAUAUACAAUAUUUGACAAGUGGUCCAUUCCAAUAGUUAACAGAAUGACAUGUGCAAGUCAAGACAUCCCAGGUGAGACAAAAUCAACAAGUAAAACCUAUUAGGCAUUCAUAGUAAGAAAAGUAGAACAUUUGCAUACUAUUUACAACACUAUAUUUUAAAUAUUUAGGACCACUUGGUUUCAACAUUUCAAUAUGCCAAAUAGCCUAAGGAUUUUAUGGCUAGACAGACAAGAAUGACGCUGUAGACUUACUGGGCCCAUGCCUUGACAAGUGGUCCAUUCUGAUAGUUAAUUAGAAGACAUGACACUGCAAACAGCUGAUUAAUGCUACCAGAAAUGGACAAGGGGAUGACUGUAUCGAACAACUUGUGUUCCUUCACCCGCCGGAUCAAGCGUUCAACAUGCACCCUGAGUCUGGCCACAGACUGAGUGUGUCUCACUUCACCCACAGACAUUUGUGUGCCCUUGGUCAAAAAAGCAGGCCUGUGGAUUUUGCAUGGUACCAGGUUAUCAAUUAAGAAGCCCUUGUCCACCAUUACUGCCAUGUCAGGGGUAAGGACGUCGAUGAUCCCUGACUGCUUGAACAGCUCCCGGUCACUGAUUGACCCAGCGUACAGUUCUGACACAAAAGUUACUACGCCAUGAGGUGCCAUUCCUAUCAAAGCCUUGAAGGUGCAGUGGGAUUUGUCAUUUGAAAAGACCUCACUCUGUAAUAGCAGAGACGAAGGCGUUUGGCAACGGAGUUCGGUACAAUCGAGGAUAACCUGGGUGUCUCGGAAACUCUCAAAUUCCUCUGGCAAGUAGGCUCGUACUUGCUCUUUCGGCAACCAAAUUCGCACAGAACCCAAGACCUGAUAGAGGAAGUUUGCCCAAGUUGUUAUGAUGCGGCUCACUGUGGUCUGAUGGACUUGAAAGCGAUGAGCCAGGUCUUUCUGCUUGAGGCCCAAAGCAAGGUGGAUCAUGAAGAGGAAGAAUUCAUCGAUGGCAGGAAGUGCAUGCCGGGUCUUCACAGAUGGACAAGUCUCCCUGGUGGCUUUGGAGCUGGUGACGCGAAUCAUUCUGAGUGUUGAAGGUUCAAUCUGUUCCCAGAAAGCCAUCAGAUGUUUGUAGGUUGCAAAUCUACAAAAAAAUAAAUUCUAUUACAUAUAUGGCAUGAUGCAUUGUAGCCUAUGGUAAUUGUGUACUUACUAUUGUCUUAAACUAAUUCAACUGAACACUAUAGGCUUAGCAGUUUUAUGACAUAAUAGGCCUAGGCUAUUUUUACAUCGUUCCUGGGUUAAAUGUUGCAAGGGCACAGGCCAACCCAACAAUCACUGAAAUAUUUGUAGACACUUUUAUUUUACGUUUGUAUCCAUAGAAUAUGUAAUGUAUGACACAUAUGUGUAGAACCUAUUUAGUCUUGCUGAUCUGUCAUAAAACCACAUAGGGUAGGCAAAUGUAACCUCUGCCUCACUGAAGGGGGCGUGCGAGAGCCUGGAAAGUGGACUUUGUUGGGAAAAACGGUCUGUCUAGUUACUGGACCAGAUGA